CUUCCUCAAAUCAUCAAUUACAUAAGAAUCCUCAAUUGUGAUUCUGAAUUUCGGUCUUGUUCUCGAAUUUCACUAUGCUAAGAUGGAGAAGUCUCCUCUCUCUGAAAAGCUCAAUUUCAACAACAUCUUCGGCGGCUACGAGAACCAUUCUCGCUCCAUUUCAUUCGACCAGUGUUUUGUCCGAGAAAUCGAAGAAACAAUUUGGUUCCGAUAGAGCUUCCAAGGGUGGUUCAACUUCUGACUCUUCAAAGAACUCGUCCGUAAGGUUCACAUGCACCGUAAAGGAGAAGGGGCGUCGCACUGCUGCCAAAAAGACUCUAGACAAUCUUCUCCACCACAGGGGACUUAACGAUCCACUUCAGAAUGAGUGGAACUUUGGUCCAAAUCCGCUUAUCCGAGAUAGGCAUAUGAAGAAAAAAUCUCCACCUGGCCGGGGAAAGAAGCCUCGUGAUAAGAAAACAAAACGAUGGCACAGAGAAGGAAACACCGACGAUGACUUUGACGCUGAUGCUACUAAUAAAUUUGACAAGAAAUGGAGAGAAGCCUGGACGAAUCAUUCUCACAAGUCCUCCUCUUAUUCUAGAGACUCGACAUCUGGAUUUCAAUGGACAGAAGGGUGGAGCUGGACAACUCAGUCUCAAAGAAGCAAAACCUGGAGCCAUGAGUCUUGUGAAGAGCCUCUCAUAGUUGGGUCUCAGUCUGAUAGGAAUGCUCUUGGGCUACCUCUAGCUGGUCCCCUCAAACUAGAAGAUGUUAAGAACGCCUACCAUUCCUCAGCUAAGAUAUGGCAUCCGGAUAUGCAUCAGGGGCCUUCUAAGGCAGCAGCUCAAGAGAAGUUUAAACGCUGUGUUGAUGCAUACAAUUCUCUCUGUUCUGCACUCUCUUGACGUUUACACGGAGAGGCAUUGAUACAUCAUUCUUUAGUAGGAGUUAGAGUUUUAAAAUUGCUAAGGUUCUCAUGAUGAUUUGAUUAUGAGAAAACAUGCCUCUCUCAACCUUUCUCAGCAUUUGAUAAACAAAAAUAAAACAGCAAUAUAUGCAAGUGAUUUAUGUUCCUGAGCUGAU